UUUCUUGCGUUUACGUUGUGGAUCAGCUGAGCUCGUGCGUGGCUGCAGCUAGCACACGGCUGGCUGCUGCUCACUUUGGACAUCUUUUUUUUUUAAACCUCUGACUGCAUGAGCACAGCGCUUUUGUUGGCUGUAAGGAUGUGACUUCUUUUUACCUUGAGAAAUGGCCUCGAUUCUUCCGGUCGACGGAAGGACGUAUUCACAUUUUUCUGUCUAUAUACAUAUAUUUUGAUGUUGUCGAUCCUCCGCCUCUCCUCUUUGCUUCACGUGCACUGAUAGCGUGCGUCGCUGCGGAUACACCUGGACUCGUCGCACGGUAACCGGGCUGAGUCUUAUUUUUUUCUCCCCGGGAUUGGGCAGUAAUAUGUCCAGGCGAAAACAGAGCAGCCCUUUCAAAGUAAAUUGGCCGUUCCACACUUCAGGCAUCACAGGACUUCAGCACACUAUUAACAUGGAUGGCAGGGACGAAUUCAUAGAGGACGGUGAAUGUUGCAGCAACAAUUCCCAGGAUGUCCAAGGACAGGAUAGUAUCUCAGAAGACAGUGAUAGUGACCCUGACAACCACGGUGAAGAUUCUUCCUCUAACACCUCCACUGAUGACCACAUGAGCACCAACAGGACACAGUGCUGCCUACAGGGAGUUGGGGUCAAAGAGGAGUGCGAGGAAGGGGCCGAAUAUGGCAACAGCUUUGUAUGUCCACUCUGCACGCUGGAUUUCAGCAGUCCCGAGAAACUCAUUUCUCAUGUCUACCAGCACACUACUGUGAUGAGUAGCACUAAGAGUUAUGUCUGCCCAGUGUGUGGGCGAGCCCUGAGUUCGCCUGGCUCCCUUGGUCGGCAUCUUCUCAUCCACUCUGAGGACCGCCUCUCCAACUGUGCCGUCUGUGGCCUCCGCUUCACUGACACCAACAACUUUAACAGAGAGAAGCUUAAAGAUGUCCUCGACACAACCAGGAUGGAGGGCAGCAGUGGAGGUGAAACCAGUCCCAUGUCCCAAAGCCUCUCCGUCAGUUCUGUGGCCAGUCCAGUCUCAGGCACUCAGUCCUGUCAUGGACCAGGCCCCAGCCCCAGUUCUUGUCAAGACCCUCGUCCAUGUCAAGCACCUGACCAUAGCUCCAACUUGUGUCAAACCCAUAGUAGCUGCCAGGGAUCCAGUCACAUUCAUACCCCAUGUCAAGUACCCAGACCGUGUCAUGGCCAAGGACCAGGACCAUGCACAAGCUCUGAGCAGGGACCCUCUUUUCCCUCACUGCCUGACAGUCUCCUUCCUGAAGGACCGUCACUCGCAUUGAUCCCCGAUGCGCUCCAUUCCUCCACGUCAGGACUUCCUCCUAUCCCAGACAUCCUCAGUCCUAUGCCAGUGUAUCCUGCUGGAGUGUUGCUGGUGUGCAACAGCUGCGUUGCCUAUCAGCAGAUAGUAGAGUCCCAGUCGCCAAUGCGCAAGUGGGCUCUGCGCCGGAAGAAUGAACCUUUGGAGGCCCGCAUGCAGCGCCUCGAGCGUGAACGUACAGCAAAGAAGAAUAAGCGGGCAUGUGAAACGGAAGAGGAGCGGGAAAUGAGGAGGCUGCGGGACCGCGAGGCCAAGCGGAUGCAGAGGAUGCAGGAAACGGAGGAGCAACGCGCACGCCGGCUGCAGAGAGACAGGGAGGCCAUGCGUUUGAAGAGGGCCAAUGAGACGCCUGAGAAGAGGCAAGCCAGGCUGAUCCGGGAGCGGGAGGCAAAGAGGAUCAAGCGAAGGCUGGAGAAGAUCGAUCCUGCUCUGAGGACGCAGAUAGAACAUGACCCUGCUGCUAUGGCCGCCCUCACAGCAGACAUGAGUCUCUUUCAGUUCCCCUGCCCUAUGCCCGUCUCUAAUAUCGAUAACGGUCUGUUCAUGAAGCUGCCCUGACUCUGCUGGGCCCGUGUGCUCACAGUGAACCAUUCCUGGCUGGUUUACUCCCAGCGUUCCCUGUGCUAAACAACUUUACAAAUACAAACUGCUUUAAGUUGAGCAACAAAAAACAAAACAAAAAAACCCCCCUCUAAUUUAUUACAAACCUUGGGAACAGGGUUGAGAAUCUUUCCUGUUGUGUGGACGAUGACUUUAAAGCAUGUUGUAAAGAGAUUUAACACGGUUCAUUCUAGUAGGAGCAGUAAUCCACUUCCUUCAAGGAGAUCUUUUUGCACACGGACCUUUGUUGAUGGGAGCGGGCACUCUGUAGCCACAAGCCCUCUCCUUCCUGGUCCGCUCUGCCAGCCCAGUGGCUCAAGUUUACCGGUAGCUACACCUCCCUUCAAGCUGCCGCUGUAGGACAUUCAUCAUCAUUCCAACUACUACCUCAGCUAUGGUCAUGCCCUCUGUCCUGCAGCAUCCUGUGUUCCAAAGCUCUGUUUGUACUACACACUACUGCAGAGGAUGACUUCUACUGUUUGCUUUCAUCACUGUACUAAUUUAAAGGGGAACUCUUGGAUUUUAUUUGAUUUACCUAGGCC